AACCUAGCAACCAAUUUCUUGUCACGCUGGUAAAAUGGCUGCAUCGCCAAGUGUUGAGUAAAUGCAUUGAUGCUAAAUGGUUAUGAUAUCUAAUCAUAAAUUAAAAGCGAGAGAGAGAGAGAGGGAGUGUGUGCGUGUUUUGUUGUUUAUUCAAACGCUUCGAUACGGAGAAGCAAUCCGAUGUAAUCGAAUAAUGAUGUCAUGUGUUAUACUGGUUGGUCAAUAUCAUCAAUUAGUUGGAGAUGAGCUUUCCAAUCGACCAGUAGUAGUGCUCGUGCAUCAUCAACAAGCAAUCCAUAUGAAUUCAAUGGUCGACUGUUUAUUGAUUAACAAACGAAAAUGGAACCGAAACCCAUAUGGACGAAACUGUGGUCAAUCAGACACUUGCUCGUUUGUUGGCUCACGCCGUUCGUCUGGUCGCCGUUGUUGGCUGUCGUUGGGCGGCAAAAAGAAGCCCGAUGCGGCUACGUGGUGGCGGUGAUGAUCACCUACUGGUUUACCGAGGUCAUUCCGAUGGCCAUCACGUCAUUAAUACCGGUGGUCCUGUUUCCCGUGUUGCAGAUCAUGUCGACCGACAAAGUGGCCAAGUCGUAUUUCAACGGCACAAUAAUGGUCUUUUUGGGCAGUUUGAUUGCUGCGACGGCCGUUUCCAAGUCGAAUCUGCACGAGAGAAUUGCGCUCAAAGUGAUCAUGUUGACUGGAACAUCGCCCAGGAGGUUAAUGCUGGGAUUCAUCGUGACCACGGCAUUCUUGUCCAUGUGGAUAAGCAAUCUGGCCACGGUGGCCAUGAUGUUGCCGAUCGCAAACGCUGCACUCGACCAACUUGAACGCCGUCAAUCGGUCUCGGUGGCGACCAACGAUACAGUAUUCGUCACGAUCGGUGCUGGUGACCAUGUUCGAUCCAAUUCGAUCACAAAAACAAGCACUGUUGCAGAAUCACGAAAGAACGAAUCGAAACCGUUGCACAAAGGCAUUCUGUUGGCCAUCUGUUAUUCGGCAAACAUUGGUGGUACCGGAACCUUGACUGGCACAUCAACCAAUCUGGUUCUCAAUGGAUUCCUGAAAGAUGACCCGAUCUCCUUUUCCGAUUGGUUCUUUUUCAACUUCCCGACACUGGUUUUGUUGGUGCUGGCCACAUGGUUAUUUCUCACCUGCUUCUUUGUCCACAACAGCAGCAGCAGCAGUUCUAAAUUAGGGUCGAAAAUGGAAGCCAAACGCAACGAGAAACAAGUGUUGGAAGCAUUGCGUCAGCAAUACGAUCAUCUGGGCUGCAUCCGUUUCAACGAGAUGGCCGUGUUGAUUCUGUUUGGUCUGUUGCUUUCGCUGUGGUUUUUUCGUGCCCCCGACUUUAUGCACGGCUGGUCGACAAUGUUCAGCGACCGAAACAAUAGCUACAUCAAGGAUGCAGUGCCCACCAUAUUUGUCGUGUUGCUCUUCUUCGUGAUACCUGCCGACCCGAGAAAUUUGGCCCAGUCCCCAAUGUUGCUUGAUUGGAAAACGACACGCGAACAGGUAUCGUGGUCAGUCAUGCUGUUGCUGGGUGGCGGUUUCGCCAUGGCCAAAGGAUGCGAGCAAUCUGGUUUGUCGGCCGUAUUGGGCGACAGUUUGUACAUGUUGCAUCAACUAUCUCCGUUUGCAAUCACAUUGAUCAUGUGUUCGGUGAGUAUGACGCUCACUGAGCUAGUGUCAAAUACUGCCGCAAUCAACAUCAUGCUUCCUGUCAUCCAUCAAAUGUCACAUUCAAUGAAAACGGACCUGAAUCCAUUGUCGGUGAUGUUACCGGUAACGGUUAGUUGUUCGUACGCGUUCAUGUUGCCGUUUGCUUCUGGAACGAACGCCAUCAUAUUCGAGGCAGGCAAAAUGAAGACCAAGGACAUGUUGAUACCAGGAUUCUUUCUGAAGAUAAUCUGCGUGUUGAUACUGCUGGCCAUCAAUAGCGUCUGGGCACCGGUCAUUUUCCAGCUGGGUGAUGGUGGUGGUGGUGACAACCCGAUCAUGUUCAGCAGCAGCAGCAGCACCAGACAGCAGCAGUGUGAAAUUGAGCAAAGGAUCUUUUGAAAAUGAUUGAAAAACGAAUUAAAUUAAUUAAAAAUUUGAUUAAAAUUUAUUUCAUUUCA